UUCCUCUCAGUUUUUCCCAGGUGAAUGCGCUGUUGUUGCUACACAGAGACCUGGGCAGCUCAGGUGUUCUGUGCUAAAACCACACUGAUUUUUAAAUAACCAGUUCCAGAAAAAGGACCUUCUAUCAGGAGAGCUGAUCGCUGCUGUUCCCUUGCUGUGUUGAGAGGGAUCUUCUCAAAGGAAUAAUGCUCCAUUCAACAUUGGCCUUAUCUCUUCUGCUAAUUGCUGUCUCUUCCAACCUUGCAAUGGCAAUCAAAAAGGAAAAACGAGCACCUCAGACACUGUCAAGAGGGUGGGGAGAUGAAAUUACCUGGGUACAAACUUACGAAGAAGGUCUUUAUCAAGCAAAGAAAAGUAACAAGCCACUGAUGGUAAUUCAUCAUUUGGAAGACUGUCAAUACUGCCAAGCGCUGAAGAAAGCCUUUGCAGAAAAUGAAGAGAUACAGGAAAUGGCCCAAAAUAACUUCGUUAUGCUGAAUCUCAUGCAUGAAACCACAGACAAGAACUUGUCACCUGAUGGACAAUAUGUGCCACGGAUCAUGUUUGUAGACCCAUCUCUCACAGUGAGAGCUGAUAUCACAGGAAGAUACUCCAACCGGCUUUACACUUACGAACCACAGGACAUGCCAUUCUUAAUAGAGAACAUGAAGAAAGCACUGCGCCUCAUUCAGACAGAACUGUAACCAUCAACAGUGAAAUGACCAUAGCCUCUGCGAGGUGAACCUGUAUUAGGAAACACAAUAUUUUAAAAUAUUUUAGUUAACCUCUCUGUCUCUACUAGCAUUUUGAACUCUUACCAAGCAGCUUUGGUAUAUCAGAUUUCACAAGAAAUUUAUAUAUGUACAAUAUGAAGAAUAAACAUAUAAAGACUAUUGCACCCAUUUGGAAAACAAGAGGAGAAAUCUAUUAAACACUUUGAAAUUAGUUAUCUGAAUAACUGAAAGUAAUGGUUUAAAGUGCAGCAACUUUGAGCUGUAUUUUAUCAAUCCAGCUAUGACCUCAUUAAGUCAGCCAUGACUUCUGACCAAGAGUUACAACCAAUAUUUUUGAUGUCUAUUUGCAAUUUAUUAUAGAAGUUCAUAGCUGCAUCUCAGCUCCUAAUUUUUAUUUUUUUUGUAAGAACCUUGUAAGUUGUUAGAGUAUCUCUGUUUUAUGCACUUAUUUCUCAUGAAAGGAAAAGAAACUUUGCUGGCAAAUCAGACAGAAAGACUUUUCCUCUAGAUUUUGGAAUCGCUUAUAUAGGAAAAAAACAGUGAUUUGGGCUCAGCUUUCUACUGUAUAAUUCCUUAACUAUCAUUCUGGUAGCUGAAAUCAGAACAGACACUUCACGCUGAGCACGUGACAUCACUGAGGUGAUAAUCAUCAAAUAGCAGCUACAGGUUUUGCUACGAUAAAGACAGAGUGAAGGAAGAGAGGUGGAAGGAGAUAGUCCCAGGACUGCAGUCCCGAGGCUAAGUGAUGCCUGUGAAGUCUGGUAUGGGAAAAAUGAGCAGGCUUGUCCUGUAUCUUUUCAUUUAAGUGGCACUUGAGUCAUGUGAAGCUCAUCCCAGCAGAUUCCCCCAUUUUCUGCAACAUCCCAACCCAGACAUCAUGGUGGCAGCUUGGUGAGGGGAUCUACAUGUAUGAAGUCUCCACAGAACCUCCCCAGGAUCGCUGUACGCAAAGGCAGAUGCUGCUUCUGAGUAAAGAGCUGAAGUCAGUUGAGACAGUUUGUUAUCCCAGCAAUGUGCUUUCUCAUUAGGGCAAAACAGUAAGUGAUUCCUUUGCAGUAAAAGCACAUAGGUUAGGUUACGUUAUGUCUGAAGCACCAGUGCCAUUUGUUUGUGCUACCUGCCAUUUCCUGUCACAUUGCCUAUCUACACAUAUAAAAGAUGAAGGAAGGAUCUUUGCAGGACAGCUUUGCUGUUUUACAAUACCUAGUAUUAAUUUGUCAUGAAUGAGUUACAUUGUGCCUAUCUAUGUCUUCAUAACUAUGUAAAAUUUGGGUAUAAGAGCAUAUUUCAACAGAAUGGUGAAAAAUGACCUGUACACAAAGAGGAAAAAAAAAUCUUGUAUUAGUCAUUAACAGUAUAUUAUCUUCAUAGUCAGUUAAAUGAUUUUAUAACCUAUGGGAAAAUGCUAGAAACAAAAUUAA